AUGGGAGGGGGUAUUAGCCCUCUUGAAAUUGGUUAUUGGUUAAUCGAGAUUGAAAGUCAACAUUUUUACCAAGGAGCUUAUACAUCGAUCCCUUCGCUGUCGCUGUACAGUAUCCUACCUGUGACUGAUCACUACAUGACCUACGAAGGAUCCACUACCCAUCCUGGAUGUUGGGAAACGACGGUUUGGAUCAUUCUCAACAAACCAAUCUACAUGACUAAGCAAGAAAUGUAUUCCCUAAGGAAAUUAAUGCAGGGAUCAGAAAAAAUUCCUAAAGCGCCCCUGGGUAACAACGCCCGCCCCCUCCAGCCGCUACACCACAGGACCGUCAGGACUAAUAUCGACUUCCAAAAAGAGCCUGCUGGAGGAUCGAACUGGAUGGGACAUCACCUUCUUGAUACGGGGCUGGUGUCUUAUUUACACUUAUCAGUUUUGGAACUUGACAAAAUGAUAACUGCUUAA